AUGGACCGAAGAGGAGCUCGGUCAUCCAACGGUUCGGGUGGAGGAGAAAGAGGAAAUUCUUACGCUUCUUUGGCGCUAAGUGCAAGACCUUCCUAUGUACGAGAAGGAGAAGAUCAAGAGGAUGGCUUUGAAGAUGGCGAAAUUCUGCCCGGAGGUCCGCCAAGCAGCAACGGUUCGGUAGACAAUGAUAGUUACAGUCGACACAGCCGUGACGGGGAUCGAAGGAGUGGCGGCAGGGGUGGCGGGAGCGGCAGAGGUGGUGGACGAUAUUACGAUAGGGAUAUGGGUGGCCGUGGUCGCGGUCGGGAUUCCUUUCGUGGGGGUCGAGGCAGGGGACGGGGCAGGUUCUUCGAUCGCGGUGGGCGAGGACGAGGGGAUUAUCGUGGACGAGGACGAGGUGGUAGAAUAGAACGAAGGGGAAGCUGGAAUGAUGAUGACAGUUACCGAUCGAACCGAUCGAAUCAUUCUGAUAGGCUCUAUGAUGGAGAACCUGGCAUGCGAAGAGACUCUUUCUCUCGCGAAGGCCGUGGUGGACGAGGCAUGAAUAGAGAUAGACCAGUUGGCCGUGGAGGUCGUGGUGGUCGCUACGGUGGUAUGGACCGGCGUGACUCGGAUCGAAUGGAUCCCGAUCGAUUGGGAAAACGAAGACGGGACGAUUCUGACUUGAUCCCAUCCGGUAGCAUGGACCAUGAGGAGAAACGAAUUCGACCAAGUGACUACAGUCAUGACAGCCGAGGAGGAGGAACUCGCCGUCAAUCCAUGGAAGAUCUGCCACCCGUGCAUCGAGAUGCGCCGAGACCUGAUAUUAGGGAUGGACUGAGACCAGACCAACGAGAUGGGUUGAGACCUGCCUAUCGAGAUGGACCAAGACAUGAUCAUAGAGGCAACCUGAGGCCAGAUCACGGAGAUGAACUAAGACCUGAUCGUCGGGAUGGAAUAAGACCUAGUCUUCGGGAUGAAUUAAGGGUUGAUCACAGAGACGGACCCAGACCUGGUCUUCGAGAUGCACCAAAGUCUGAUCUUCGGGAUGGACUCGGAGCCGAUCGCAGAGAUGGACCCAGAUUUAGUCCUCGUGAUGCACCGCGACCUGAUCUUCGGGAUGGACUAAGAGCUGAUCACAGAGAUGGACCUAGGUCUAGUCCUCGGGAUGCACCACUAUCUCAUAACAGAGAUGGUCCCAGACCUGAUCCUCGAGAGACACCACGACCUGAUCACAGAGAUGGACCCAGACCUGGUCCUCGGGAUGCACCACGACCUGAUCUUCCGAUUGGACUAAGAGUUGACCACAGAGAUGGACCCAGACCUGGUCCUCGGGAUGCGCCACGACCUGAUCUUCCGGAUGGACUAAGAGUUGAUCACAGAGGUGGGCCCAGACCUGGUCCUCGGGAUACACAACGACCUGAUCUUCGGGAUGAACUGAGAGUUGAUCACAGAGAUGGACCCAGACCUGGCCCUCGGGAUGCACCACGACCUGGUCUUCGGGAUGAACUGAGAGUCGAUCACAGAGAUGGACCCAGACUUGGCUCUCGGGAUGCACCACGACCUGAUCUUCGGGAUGAACUGAGAGUCGAUCACAGAGAUGGACCCAGACUUGGCCCUCGGGAUGCACCACGACCUGAUCUUCGGGAUGGACUAGGAGCGGAUCGCAGAGAUGGGCCCAGAUUUAGUCCUCGUGAUGCACCAAGACCUGAUCUUCGGGAUGGAAUAAGAGCUGAUCACAGAGAUGGGCCCAGACCUGGUCUUCGGGAUGCACCAAGAUCUGAUCCUGGGGAUGGAAUAAGAGUUGACCAUAGAGAUGGACCCAGACCUGGUCUUCGGGAUGCACCACGACCUGAUCCUCGAGAUGGGCCAAGAACUGAUCACAGAGAUGGGCCUAGACCUGGUCUUUUCGAUGGACAACGAUCUGAUUACAGAGAUAGACCCAGACUUAGUCCUCGAGAUGCACCAAGACCUGAUCUUCGGGAUGGGCUAAGAGCUGAUUACAGAGACGGACCCAGACCUGGGCUUCGGGACACAUUAAGUGUUAAUUACAAAGAUGGAGUCAGACCUGUUGUCCGGGAUGGACCACGGAAUGAUCUUUGGGAUGGACCCAGACUUGAUCCUCGGGAUGGACCUAGACCUGAUCACAGAGAUGGAGUCAGACCUGUUCUUCGGGAGGGACCUCGAAAUGACCUUCUGGAUGGAUUCAGACCUGAUCCUCGGGAUGGACUAAGACCACCCCAUAUAGAUGGACCGCGACUAGAUCCUCGGGAUGGACCCAGACUUGAUUACAGAGACUUUCGAAGUGGAUCUGACUCUCAAGGAGAUUUGCGGCCACGAGAUAGACUGGAAGGUUCUGGACCUCCUAGUUAUCAGCGGAGAGAACUUCCUUAUGAAAUCGGAAGAAGAGACUAUGUUCGUAGUGGUCCAUCGUUUCGGGGAGAAGGGACGGGAUCGCAGGAGCCGCUAUACCGCGAGGAUAUGCAACCCCGAAACUACGAUGACAGUGCUCGGAAUGUUGGAGAAGAUGCAUUUGGGAGACGUAUACCACCACGAAAGAUGGACUCUCGUGAUGAUUCGCGGGGUCCGCCUCCGCCGGUGGACGAUCCUAGAGGGCCUCUUGGAAAUGAUCUACGGGGUCCGCGGAGGGACUUUCUAUGUCCUCCUCGAAAUGAUCCAAGAGGACCACAUGAUGAGCUUCGAGUUCCUCAUCGAGAUGAUCCACAUGGUCCCCGUGACGACCCUAGAGGUCCUGGUCCCAUAUAUAACGAUCUAAAGCGCAAUGACGGACCGUCCUGGGGUGCACAUCUAAAUCGGCCCCUAUCUUCCUCCCACAAUAACUUGGAAGACACACACGGUCAACAAGAUAAUUGGAGUACAUCACAGUCGACCGUUGAUCGAAGACCUCCAUAUGAUAGGAAUAGUUCUUUGAACAUUCCCAAAACAUACCCGGAUUCCAGUGGACCAGCACCAACCGAUUAUCGUGGAGGAUUUGGCGGUCGUGGACGCGGGCGAGGAUUCAGGGGAGGAAGAGGACGAUUUGAUUCUGGUGGCCGAUUCGAUGAUGGAAGGUUCAACCGUACCUUCAGUGAUCAUUCCUUUCGCAAAGAUCUUGCUCCGCGAAACGAUGGGCCUCCUGAAGGAUACCGUUCUUUCGACGAUAGGAGGCGAAUGGACGACGGUAUUCGAGAAGAGCGGCCGCCAAUGAAUAUCCCCCAAACAAUCAAGGUUGAACACCAACCGACUCAAUCAGCGCCAACAAGUAGAUCAGCUCCUUCCAUCAAGGCCGAUACAGAAAAUACAAAGCAAAUUAAGGUCAAGCCAGUACCUGUACAGAACGACAGAGUCAAACCAAUGCCAGCAAAGAUGAAGGAGGAACCAAAGGAACCAGUCGAGAAACCGAUCACUCCUCCUCCAAAGGCAGAGCCAUCGGGGUUGAUUCUAGCACUCUCCAGGCUUGCUGAACUGGAAGAGCAGCUAGAAUAUGCUUUUGCUAAGCACGUACAGUUGACCAAGACCCAAGAGAAAUUGAGGGUACAAACCAAGGUCUUGGAGAAACUCCCAGUUGGAAUUGAUGCUAUUCGAGAAGAACUGGAUGCUGCUCAAGCUGAGGCGCAAGCCAAAGCGGAUGCAAAGGAAGCAGAAAAUGUAGAGGCAAAGGCAGAAGCUAAGGGACCAGAUGUAGCGAUAACAUUAAAUUAG